AUGUUGUCGGCGCCGAGCGAGGGGGCGCACGGUGCGGGCGCGCCGGCCGGCUCCGCGGGCGGUGCGGGGAGUGGCCCGCCCGCCGCCCGCCGCGGCGCCGCCUACACUAUAGACAACAUCCUCGGACAUCGCGCCACACAAGAUAACAUCGAAAUGAAAUCUGAGAGCGGCACACAGUCAGACUCCGAGCAUGAACACGAGCACGAGCACGAGCCGGAGCUCGACCACGAACACGAGCACGAGCACGAGCACGGGGAGCAGCUGGAUGCGCUGGAUGCAAUGGAUGCUAUGGACACCGGCAGACCGCGCAAGCAGGUGCGCCGCAGCCGCACCACCUUCACCACGUACCAGCUGCACGAGCUGGAGCGCGCCUUCGACAAGACGCAGUACCCUGAUGUGUUCACCCGCGAGGAGCUCGCGCUGCGCCUCGACCUCAGCGAGGCCCGCGUGCAGGUUUGGUUCCAGAACCGGCGCGCGAAGUGGCGUAAGCGGGAGAAGGCGCUGGGCCGCGAGCACGCGCCUUUCCUGCACCACGAACACGUACGUGGCGAGUGGGGCGGCGAGUGGGGCGCCGGCGAGUGGUGGGCGCUGGGCCUGGGCGCGUUGCCGGCGCCGCUGUGGCGUGACGCCCCGCCCGCGGCAGCUUUCCGCGCCUUACUGCACAGGUACGUGCUGGCGCUGCCGCCAGCUCCGCCCUCGCCCCGCCCGCGGUCUCCCUCCCCCGCGCGCCCCUCGCCCCCGCGAGACCCCGCGCCGCUGCAACACGCCGCGCUGCACGCGCAGACCCCGCACCCCGCGCACCCCGCGCACCCCGCGCCGCACCCCGCGCUCGCCCUGCACCCGGACGCGCUGCGGUUGCGCGCGCACGAGGCGCUGCUGCACGACCGCUAUAGCGGCCGCGUGCACACGUAA